AAAAAUUGUGCCCUUCGUACUGGGAUCCGCUCAGUAGGUCGUUGGAUGUGGUGUUAGACAGUCUUUCGGUGUACUUUACACUCGUAUUCGGCUACCGGAAGUGUUUCGAACUUGCCAUUCGAGGCUUGUUUUUACAGUGUGAAAACAAAUCCAAUUGAAGUGCUGUUUCCUGUUUGUUCAUUUUGUAUUACAUAAAUAUUGUGAAUUAUAAAAUACUCUCCAAAACCAUAUUUGGUCAUAUUUGUCAGAAUUAAUUAUGUGAAGUGUAACGUUGUACUAGGAAAUUUCUAGUAUAAAAGAGAAACUUUAUUAAGAGAGAAAAAUUCAAAAUGUGUUUUGCUUAAUGAAAUAGUGAUGAGAUUAUUUACAAUGCAAAAUGGGGCAUCAAUGAUCUGUUUCUUGGUGUUUCAUAUUAACCAUAUGUAGGAUUAUGUAGGAGUGUAGAAAACAGUGAAAAACGUUGAGUAAUUGUGAAUAAAUCAGUGAAAAAAGUGUUAUUAUUGUGAAGAAAUCAGUGCACUAUGUAUACAGUCAUUCUACUAUACAUCGCUUCAUGUGCAUCUCUUGGAUAAAAGAUUAAGCUGCAGAGCGUGUGAUUCUUUCUUUCAAUACUUACCUAAGUGGUUCAAUCAGGAAGUGUGCAAUGGAUAAAUUAGAAAUAGAACCGAACGAGGAUGACGAUGAUGAUAAAGCAGAGGACGUUAUUACAGAAAAUUCUCAUCUAGAUGACCUCUACACAAGAUAUCGGCAACGACUGCGAAGAUCGUUGUUCAUCACUGGCCUGGGAAUAUCGAUACUCUCCUGCAUCACGUCAAUCGUCCUAUGUGCCCUUCAUGAUGCGAUUCUGGCCGAUGUAGCGCUGCUGGCUGGUGCCUCCACAGUGCUAUGUGGAAUCCUGGUGGCUUUACAAUUCCCGGCAGUGAUGAACUCGCCCCUGGCUGCUCUUUCCUUCGCAAUUCUGACCACUGGAACGAUUGGUGCCAUAUCCACGUUCGUCGGUACACAGCUCGCGCCUUUGCCACUGUUUGCAUUGAUACUUGGUGUCCACACGAUGCUACCAAUAUCUUGGCCGGUAUCAGUGGUGCUGGCUGUGUUGCUCUGCAUCGUCCACAUUGGAUAUCGCAUUCUAUCGCAAGUCCACGACUUUCCACCCACAUUCUUCCCUCAGCUGCUCGCGGAAACUGUCUUCCUAGCGUCAGCUUCCGUUUCCAGUCUCUACUACCGUAUAAUGUCUGAUGCGGCCCACAUCGACGCAGUUGACGGUACGAGAACGGGGAUCGAGCAACGAGUGAAGCUGGAAUGCGAACGGGAACAGCAAGAGCAGCUCCUGCUGAGCGUCAUACCGGCCUACAUUGCGGCGGAGGUGAAGCGCAGCAUAAUGCUGAAGAUGGCUGACGCCUGCCAGCGAGCCGGCGGACAAACUCAGACGAGAUUCCACGAAAUGCACGUGCAGCGACAUAACAACGUGUCCAUUCUCUAUGCCGACAUCGUCAACUUUACACCACUGUCUGAGCAGCUGACAGCAUCCGAUCUGGUUAAGACACUAAAUGAGUUAUUCGGACGGUUUGAUCAGAUCGCUCAAGAAAACCAAUGUCUCAGGAUAAAGAUUCUUGGCGAUUGUUACUAUUGCGUUUCCGGAUUGCCAGUAUCACGACCACAUCAUGCUGCUAACUGUGUCAACAUGGGACUUCAAAUGAUAGACGCCAUCAGAUUCGUACGGGAGGCAACCGGCUUCAAUGUGGACAUGCGGAUCGGCAUCCACACUGGCAACGUGCUGUGCGGUGUACUGGGAUUGCGGAAAUGGCAGUUCGACGUUUGGAGUGAUGACGUGACCCUGGCAAACCAUAUGGAAAGCGGUGGAGUUGCAGGCCGGGUGCACAUCACAAAGGCAACGCUGGAUUACCUAGGCGACAUGUUCGAGGUGGAACCGGGCGGGGGUGCGUCCAGAGAGUCCUACUUGGCGGAUCAUAAAAUUGAAACAUAUCUUAUCGUACCACCGAAGAAACCUCCAACCGAUUUGGGUAAACCAGCCACCGCCGACUCGCACACACCAACUUCCAACAUCGGCACCCCGUCCCCAACAACCAUGGUUCAAAUAACCGAGCCCGACCAGGAGCACCUGCUUCCGGCCUUGGAGCCACCGAAGACACCGAAAACACCACGAGCCCCUAAAACUCCGGAUGACGUUCGGCGCUCGCACGCUUCCAUCUCCCCUAUAACUAUUCCCGAGGAGCAGGAGCAACUGCUGCCACCAUCUCCGGCCAAUAUUGCAUCCGGUGGGCACGGGCUGUUGCCACCGCCAUCUCCAAACUCCAAGCAAACUGUGCAAAUUAACCCGCCCACCAUUAACGAGGAGACUGUGGAUAACGAUGGUACAGCUGACGAGACCGGCGAAGCGGAUGAGGGAGAAUCGAGGAAGAAAUCCUGCCUGACGCUUCCCGUCGAACCAAUUACCACCAACGGACACCUUCCGGAGCGUGUCGGAAGUCGCAAGCUCUCCGUACAAGGAUUGAUUGCAUUUGCCGAACGACGAAAAUCGUCGAGUUCCAUUUUCGGCGAUAUGCGCAAAAUGUCGAUUUCCAACAUCGACUGUCUCCGGUCGCCCAUGGUAGCCACACCAGGAGGACCUUUGCUACGCACUCGCCCUUCAUCAAAGAUGACUAAGUACGUGGAGUGCUGGGGCGCUGACAAACCCUUCGCAAACAUCACCGACUCCAAAAUGGCUAAGAACAUUGGCUUGGCGAGCAUCGCGAUGAUCGAGUCGAAUCUGUUACCGGAGGAUGGGUAUUGCGGUGAAUGCAAGUGCUGGGGACCACCGAAGGAGCUCCAACCCGUCACUAUGUGGUACCGGAAUACAGCUCGAGAGACGCUUUUUCGUGCACAACCUGAGCCAACGUUUCGCUUUGAUCUCAUCUGCUCUUUCAUUCUUUUCCUGACGAUAGGACUGAUACAAAUCAUAGUAUUUAAAAGCAAUGUAGUCGUUAUUGGUUCACUCAGCGCAACAGCUGUAGCUUUAGGAUUGUUUUUAUACUUAAGUAACUACCAGAUGUCGAACCUUUCGCCGCCGGGAAACAACGGCCCAGGACAGGUCAUAGCUGCCAGCCGUGGUCUUCGUUUAGCAAUAUUCCUUAUUACCACAGCACUCAUUGCAAGCUGUGCCAUUUUCAGUGUGAUAAACUUUGACGAUUUAGUUAUAGCCGACAUUCAUUUCGUGAACAACACCACCGAGGAUAUCAUGUACGACGAUGAGUUUGCUCCUGUUGCUCCCGUCUACCUCUACAUGUGCGCUAUCAGCCUGGCAGCAGUCUCCGCUUUCCUGAAAGCGGGCUUUCUUGUCAAAGGAAUGCUGAUGGCAAUAUUCGUCGCUAUCCAGUCUUCUGUCUUAUGGACAAGCUCUCUGUUUGAGGCUUACGGGACGUUGGGCAAUUCGUGGCCUUUAGGAUUUCAAGGCUUGCUAUUCCUAUUACUGAUAAGUGCUGUGUUGCAUACACUCGAUCGCCAAGGUGAAUAUGCCGCUCGAACCGACUUCCUGUGGAAAGCCAAGCUAAAGGUGGAGCAAGAAGAGGUCGAAACUAUGCGAGGAAUCAAUAAGAUUUUAUUGGAAAACAUAUUGCCCGCGCACGUCGCCCAGCACUUUCUCAAGAAGGAACGUGCCGUGCAGGAGCUUUAUCACGAGAGUUACUCGUCUGUUGCGGUCAUGUUUGCUUCGAUUCCGAACUACAAGGAGUUCUACGACGAAACGGAUGUGAACAAGCAGGGGCUUGAGUGCUUACGGUUACUGAACGAGAUUAUCUGCGACUUUGACAAGCUUCUGCUCAAGCCUAAGUUCAGCGGUAUCGAGAAGAUAAAAACCAUCGGAAGUACCUACAUGAUUGCAUCCGGACUGCGCCCCGGCAAGGAAGAGGGUGCCACGAAAAAUAAUGAGCUGGAUGAAAAACGUACCGAGGAACACAAUGUGGUCGUGCUAGUGGAGUUUGCCAUUGCUCUCAUGACGGCGUUGGAUCAAAUAAAUCGUGAAUCGUUCCAAAGAUUCCGGUUGCGGAUCGGCCUCAACCAUGGUCCGGUGAUAGCCGGUGUCAUAGGAGCCCAAAAGCCACAAUACGACAUCUGGAGCAACACAGUUAACGUGGCGUCCCGUAUGGACUCAUGUGGAGUGAUGGGACGAGUACAGGUUACAGAAAACACGGCCAAAGUCCUUAUGGCAGCAGGUUAUUCGUGCGAUUGUCGAGGACCUAUUCAUGUCAAAGGCAAAGGAAUUCUGACGACUUACUUUGUUAAAACACCAUUUGAUGAACGUAUUUAGGCGUAGUUUAAAUAACAUGUGCCAAAAGACAGUGUUGUAGUUACAUGCAAAAACGUACACCAAAGACAUACACAAAACGUCGUAAUCAGUAUUACGAAACAAACGAUGCGAUUUUAGAAUAGAAUUGAGCAUAGAAACAUAAACUUCGUAAUCUGCUACGUUUGGUCAUUUACGUACCUUAUGAAGGUAUUAAACAACCAUAAUGGUUAUCUCGAUAUGUGGCAAAAUAGUCUUUAGCUUUGGUGUCAACUUUGCACUGCAGUUUUGCAAUCAUUUAUCACAAUAGAAUGUAAAACUCCCAUAGUUUCUCCAUCGACUCCAUUCUCUGCAUUGUUUCAUCACUACCACAAAUACACUACCGCGGAAAUACAUUUUUAGAGCUUUUUUAUUAUUUUGAAGAAAUUUUUAGAUGAAAUUACUGUAUACAUAAUCAACCUAUGCUUCGAUUCCAUUGUACCUAAAGCCAAAUAAAUUUAACCUUUAUAAAAGUCA